AUGGGUCGCUCGGGGAAAUUGCCCUCCGGUGUCUCGGCUAAAUUGAAGCGCUGGAAGAAAGGCCACAGCAGCGACAGCAACCCCGCCAUUUGCCGCCAUCGCCAGGCAGCUCGUAGCCGCUUCUUCAGCCGGCCCUCAGGGAAGAGCGACCUGACAGUUGACGCUGUGAAGUUGCAUAAUGAGCUACAGUCAGGGUCGCUACGCGUGGGCAAAGGCGAGACCCCCGAAACGGCCAUGGAAGAAGAGGUGGAGCUGGCUGUCACCGAGAAGUCCUCGGGCACCUUCCUCAGCGGCCUCUCUGACUGCACAAACGUCACUUUCAGCAAAGUGCAGCGCUUCUGGGAGUCUAAUUCGGCUGCCCACAAGGAGAUCUGUGCUGUCCUGGCUGCCGUCACCGAGGUGAUCCGCUCCCAGGGAGGGAAGGAGACGGAGACUGAGUACUUUGCUGCGCUGAUGACAACAAUGGAAGCAGUGGAGUCCCCUGAGUCUGUGGCUGCUGUGGCGUAUCUACUGAACCUUGUCCUAAAGCGCGUGCCCAGCCCUGUUCUCAUUAAGAAGUUUUCCGACACCUCCAAAGCCUUCAUGGACAUCAUGUCAGCCCAGGCCAGCAGUGGGCCCACCUCUGCUCUCCGAUGGGUCCUCUCUUGCCUGGCCACUCUUCUGCGGAAGCAAAACCUGGAGGCCUGGAGUUACCCUGUCACCCUGCAGGUGUUCCACGGGCUGCUGAGCUUCACCGUGCAUGCCAAGCCCAAGAUCCGGAAGGCUGCCCAGCACGGAGUAUGCUCAGUCCUCAAGGGCAGUGAGUUCAUGUUUGGGGAAAAGGCCCCUACCCAUCAUCCUGCUGCUGUUUCCACCGCCAAGUUCUGCAUCCAGGAGAUUGAGAAGUCUGGAGGCUCCAAGGAGGCCACAACCACACUACACAUGCUGACCCUGCUGAAGGACUUGUUGCCCUGCUUCCCAGAAGGCCUGGUCAAGAGCUGUAGUGAGACUCUCCUUCGUGUCAUGACCUUGAGCCAUGUGCUCGUGACAGCCGGUGCCAUGCAGGCCUUUCAUAGCCUCUUCCAUGCCAAGCCCGGCCCAGGCACCCUGACGGCAGAGCUCAACGCCCAGAUCAUCACAGCCUUGUAUGAUUACAUCCCCAGUGAGAAUGACUUACAACCCCUGUUGGCCUGGCUCAAGGUCAUGGAGAAAGCCCAUAUCAACCUGGUCAGGUUGCAGCGGGACCUGGGGCUGGGCCACCUCCCUCGCUUUUUUGGAACCGCAAUGACCUGCCUUCUUUCACCGCACUCACAGGUGGUGGCCACCGCCACCCAGAGCCUCAAGGAGAUCCUAAAGGAAUGUGUUGCUCCCCACAUGGCCGACAUCGGCUCUGUGACCUCUUCAGCCUCAGGGCCUGCCCAGUAUGUGGCCAAGAUGUUCAGGGCAGUGGAGGAAGGCCUGACGUACAAAUUCCACGCAGCGUGGAGCUCUGUGUUGCAGCUGCUGUGUGUUUUCUUCCAGGCCUGUGGGCGGCAGGCCCAUCCUGUGAUGAAGAGGUGCCUCCAGUCUCUGUGUGAUCUGCGCCUGUCCCCUCACUUCCCCCACACGGCAGCACUGGACCAGGCAGUGGGGGCUGCAGUGACCAACAUGGGACCGGAGGUGGUGUUGCAGGCUGUGCCUUUGGAAAUCGAUGGCUCUGAAGAGACCCUGGAUUUCCCACGGAGCUGGCUGCUGCCUGUCAUCCGGGACCACGUCCAGGAAACUCGCCUUGGUUUCUUCACCACCUACUUCUUGCCCCUGGCUAACACCCUGAAGAGCAAAGCAAUGGAGCUGGCCCAGGAGGGCAGGACAGUGGAGUCCAAGAUCUACGAUACACUCCAGUGGCAGAUUUGGACCCUCCUGCCUGGGUUCUGCACAAGGCCCACGGACGUGGCCAUCUCCUUCAAAGGGUUGGCACGGACAUUGGGCACAGCCAUCAGUGAGCGUCCAGACUUGAGGGUCACGGUGUGCCAAGCCCUGCGUACCCUCAUCACCAAGGGCUGUGAGGCGGAGGCCGACCGCGCCGAAGUGAGCCGCUUUGCCAAGAACUUCCUGCCAAUCCUCUUUAACCUGUAUGGACAGCCUGUUGCCGCUGCGGACACCCCAGCCCCUCGCCGAGCUGUGCUGGAAACCAUCAAAACUUACCUCACCAUAACUGAGCCUCAGUUGGUGAAUGGUUUCAUGGAAAAAGCCAGUGAGAAGGUGCUCGACGCUGCCAGCUCUGACUUCACCAGGUUGUCUGUCCUGGACCUGGUCGUGGCCUUGGCUCCUCAUGCUGACGAGGCUGCCAUCAGCAAGCUGUACUCCACCAUCCGGCCCUACCUAGAAAGCAAGGUGCAUGGGGUACAAAAGAAGGCCUACCGCGUGUUGGAGGAGGUGUGUGCCAGCCCCCAGGGCCCUGGGGCCCACUUCGUGCAGAGCCACCUGGACGACCUCAAGAAAACCCUGCUGGACUCGCUGCGGAGCACAUCCUCGCCGGCCAAGAGGCCUCGUUUGAAGUGCCUCAUACACAUUGUGAAGAGACUCUCAGUGGAGCAUGAGGAGUUCAUUGCAGCUCUUGUUCCAGAGGUGAUCCUGUGUACCAAGGAGGUGUCAGUGGGGGCUCGGAAGAACGCCUUUGCCCUGCUGGUGGAGAUGGGCCACGCUUUCCUUCGGUUUGGCUCAAAUCAGGAAGAGGCCCUGCAGCGCUACCUUGUCCUGAUCUACCCUGGCCUCGUGGGCGCUGUGACCAUGGUCAGCUGCAGCAUCUUGGCCCUGACCCACCUCCUUUUCGAGUUUAAAGGCCUGAUGGGGACCAGCAUGGUGGAGCAGCUGCUGAAGAACGUGUGCCUGCUCCUGGCUUCCCGCACCCGUGAUGUUGUCAAAUCUGCGCUGGGCUUCAUCAAGGUGGCGGUGGUUGUCAUGGAUGUGGCACACCUGGCCAAGCAUGUGCAGUUGGUGAUGGAAGCCAUCGGGAAGCUUUCAGACGACAUGAGGCGGCACUUCCGCAUGAAGCUUCGGAACCUGUUCACCAAGUUCAUCCGCAAGUUUGGAUUUGAGCUAGUGAAGGGCCUACUGCCUGAGGAGUACCACAAAGUCCUGGUAAACAUCCGGAAAGCUGAGGCCCGGGCCAAGAGGCAGCGUACCCUGAAGCAGGCUGCUGUGGAGGAGGAGGAGGAAGAAGAGGAGGAACCCGUGCAGGGCAAAGGCGACAGCAUCGAGGAGAUUCUGGCUGACUCAGAGGAUGAGGAGGGUGAUGAGAAGCAGGAAAGGAGCCGAGGCAAGGAGCAGCGGAAGCUGGCUCGACAGAGGAGCAGGGCGUGGCUGAAGGAGGGUGGUGGGGACGAGCCCCUCAACUUCCUGGACCCCAAGGUGGCCCAGCGAGUCCUAGCCACCCAGCCCGGGCCAAGCCGGGUCAAGAGGAAGGACCACGGCUUCAAAGUGAGCGCUGAUGGCCGGCUGAUCAUCAGGGACGAUGGAGACCAGAUGGAGGAAGAGGAAGGCACUAAAGGUGACGAUGAAGAGAUGACUGACCUGAUGGAAGACAUGGGUGUCAAGAGUAAAAAACACCAGAAGCUUAAGCGUCGCCGGGAGGCUGAUGAGGAGGAGCUGGAAGUGCCCCCUCAGUACCAAGCUGGAGGCUCUGGCAUCCAUCGCCCUUUGGCCAAGAAAGCUACACCUGGGGCUGAGUACAAGGCCAAGAAAGCUAAGGGUGACAUGAAGAAGAAAGGUCGACUUGACCCCUACGCUUACAUCCCCCUCAACAGAACCAAGCUCAAUCGCAGGAAGAAGGUGAAGCUGCAGGGACAGUUCAAAGGCCUGGUGAAAGCUGCCCAGCGGGGGUCCCAGGCCGGACACAAACUCCAAAGAAAGGAUCGCAGGUCCUGA